CGAAUGUACAACAUGAUGGAGAGCGAGCUGAAGCCCUCCGCCCCCCAGCAGGCGCCGGGGGGAGGCCCGGGGGGGAACGGCGCCUCGGGGGCGGCCAACCCGAAGAACAGCCCGGACCGGGUCAAGCGGCCCAUGAACGCCUUCAUGGUGUGGUCGCGGGGCCAGCGGCGCAAGAUGGCCCAGGAGAACCCCAAGAUGCACAACUCGGAGAUCUCCAAGCGGCUGGGCGCGGAGUGGAAGCUGCUGUCGGAGGCCGAGAAGCGCCCGUUCAUCGACGAGGCCAAGCGCCUCCGCGCCCUGCACAUGAAGGAGCACCCGGAUUAUAAAUACCGGCCCCGGCGGAAAACCAAGACCCUCAUGAAGAAGGAUAAGUACACCCUGCCGGGGGGCUUGCUGGCCCCGGGCUCCAACGCCAUGGGCGUCGGGGCGGGCGUGGGAGCGCCCCUGGGCGCCGGCGGGGUCAACCAGCGCAUGGACAGCUACGCGCACAUGAACGGCUGGGCCAACGGCGGCUACGGCAUGAUGCAGGAGCAGCUGGGCUACCCGCAGCACCCCGGCCUCAACGCCCACUCGGCCGCCGCCGCCCAGAUGCCCCCCAUGCACCGCUACGACGUGGGGGCCCUGCAGUACAACGCCAUGCCCGCCUCCCAGACCUACCUGAACGGCUCGCCCACCUACGGCGGCAUGCCCUACGGCCAGCAGGCCGGCGGCCCGACGGCCAUGGGGCUGGCCUCCAUGGGGGGCUCGGUGGUCAAGACCGAGGCCAGCGCCAGCCCCCCCGUCGUCACCUCCUCGUCCCACUCGCGGGCCCCCUGCCAGGCCGGGGACCUCCGGGACAUGAUCAGCAUGUACCUGCCCGGCGCCGAAGUGGCCGAGACGGCCGCCCCCAGCAGACUCCACAUGGCCCAGCAUUACCAGAACGCGCCGGGGCCAGGCACGGCCAUAAACGGCACGCUCCCUCUAUCGCAUAUGUAA